AUGAACACCAAUCAUACAACCGUUACAUAUUUUAUUGUCACUGGUAUCUCAGAAAAACCAGAGCUUCAAGUGCUGAUCUUCUUUCUUGUUAUUUUAAUUUAUUUAAUCACUCUUGGGGGUAACAUAACCAUUCUUCUUCUCAUCUGCCUGGACCAUCAUCUUCACACUCCCAUGUAUUUCUUUCUGGCCAACUUGUCUGUUGUAGACAUCUCAUGUUCCACCAUCACUCUGCAUAAAAUACUCUUAAGUUUCCUUACAGGAGAUAAAAAAGUUCCUUUCAUUGAAUGCAUGUUUCAGACAUACAUGUUUGGGUCACUGGCAGGUCAUGAGCUGUUUAUUUUAACAGCAAUGAGUUUUGACCGAUAUGUGGCCAUCUGUAACCCCUUGAAUUACCACAAGGUCAUGAGUCGUAGGACUUGCAUCAGUUUGGCUUCGUUUUGCUGGUUGCUAGGUUUUAUACAAGUUGUUCCCUAUUCUGUCCUAAUGGCUAAUAUCUCUUGUUACUCAACCAAUGAAAUCAAUCACUUCUGCUGUGACCUUGUUCCCAUAAUAGGAAUAGCUUGCAGUGAUGUCUCUAUUUUGAAAGCACUGACCUUUAUACAAGGGAUAAUUCUUUUUAUCAUAACUCCAUUUUGCCUUACAUUCAUUUCUUACGUUUUUAUAAUCACCACCAUACUAAAGAUACGUUCUAGUUCUGGCAGACGUAAAGCCUUCUACACAUGUUCAUCACACCUCAUGGUCAUCAUACUGCUAUACAUGACUCUGAUUUUACAGUAUGCAAUACCAAGUCAAUACCUGGCACCAAAUGCAACAGGUACACUGGAAUCAAAGAAGCUGUAUGCCUUGUUUAAUACGGCUGCCAUCCCUCUACUUAACCCACUGAUCUAUAGCUUAAAAAAUAAAGAUGUGAAAGCAGCUUUAAGGCGAAUGUUGAAUUUAGGUCGAGUAAUCACAUAA